GGCAUGACUUUUAACCACAAAACGGCAGCUGAUACUCCUUGGGCGUCUGUCCUAAUUUGGUGCAAAUCCUCGUUGGAAUCUCUCAACCUCUCUUUCUCUCUCUCUCUGUCUCUCUCUUGCUUAUCUACACAAAACACAACCUGUCCUAGAGGGUCAGUUUCAUGUUCACUAUUCUUAAACUGGCAGACCCCACAAUAAUGGCUCCCUUUUUCUGAUGGAAUUCUAGCCUGUACGUCUUUGAGACUUCAGUCUGGUCUCUGGAGUCUCCUCUGAAAUGGGUUUGCUCAAGGUGUCUUGUGUGCUUUUGCUUAGUUUGGUCUUUUCAGCAUUGUGUUUCCAAGGGAAUUGUGAUGGUUCAGAGUUCUCAGUGAAGUUCUUAAAGGCACCUCAUGCAUUCUCUCACCUAAGCUCAGCCAAAUUUGUCUUUGAAGUUUUGGGAGGUGGCAAUGGAACUUGCUCAGAGUGUAGCAUCACUUGCAAGCUGGAUUAUGGCUCUGCUUCAGACUGUGGAGCUAGAAUGAUUUUGUACUCAGGCUUGCAGGAUGGAAACCACACAUUUGGGGUCUGCAUAAAUGGCUCUCAAGGAGCUGGCUGCAGUAUCUAUAACUGGACUGUUGACACAGUCCCUCCCACAGCAUAUGUAACCUCAUCGGCACCUUUCACAAAUGCUCUAAAUGUUUCUGUAAAUAUUUCUUUCACUGAAUCUUGUCCUGGUGGAGGAGGUUUCAGAUGUUCAUCUGUAAAUGAUUGCAAUCUGCUUGUUUAUGGUGCUGGCCAAGUUGUACCCUCAUCACUCGUUAUUCUGGAGCCAAACCUCAAAUAUUCCCUUUUGGUGACCAUAUCAUCUGCUGCUCAGUAUGGACGAUUGGUAUUGGUAAUGGACAGGAAUUUUUGUACUGAUUCUGCUGGGAACACAUUUACUAGAUCAGCAAAUUCAAGUUUUCUUGUGCAUUUUGAUAGAAGAAGUGUAUUUGUUGAUCUGAGGACUCAUGUUCCUGAGAAAUUGCUUCAAGUUGAUGGCGAAAUUAGAACAGUGCGGGCAACUAAUAAUCAUAAUAACUUGAAGGUGUACCUAUACUUCUCAGCACCUAUUCUCAAUUCAUCAGCUGAGAUUCUAAGUUCUCUGAACAUAAGUGAGGGUAGCCUUCUUCCUAUCAGUGGAGAACAUCACGGGAAUCGCAGAUUCGGCUUUCUGGUUGCUAAUAUGUCUGAUAUUUCUAUAGUAACAAUAAGCCUCACUCCAAACUCUACAAUAAGCAGACAGGGGACUCCUGUUUCUCCUGUUGCACCAGUUACUUUCCUAUAUGAUUCUCAGGGGACUGCUGUUAGAUUAAGCACAACAUCUCACAUGAGGACACGAGAACACAAUAUCCCGAUUUCCAUAAAAUUCAUGAAGCCGGUUUUUGGGUUUAACUCGUCUUUGAUAUCCAUCUCAGGAGGGCGUUUGCAGAGCUUCCAUGAAAUCAGUAGAAGCAUAUAUGCUGCAGAAAUAAGAGCAGAUGAUGAUGUUGUUUCUGUCAAUAUCCCUGAAAAUGUAACUGGGGAUGUUGCUGGAAAUAAAAAUUUGGCAUCUAAUGUUCUCCAAGUGAGGCACUAUUCUAUACCUGUAAUUUCUUCUGUGAUUUCCAUCUUUGCAACUGCUGCUUUUUUGUUGACUUGUUUUGCUGCGGGGAUUCUCACCAUGUCAACUGCAAGCCUUCAAUCCGUUGGGGCAUUUUCAAGACCGUCUUCAUCUUUGUCAUCUGACCCUGCAAGGAUACUCUUUAGAAGUGCAUGCCACAUUCAGGUUUUUGCACUGUCUAGGUGGUUGGCAGCCACAUUGCCAGUUGAGUAUUAUGAAUUUGCGAGGAGUUUAGAGUGGAGCAUUCCUUAUUUUAGUCUCCCAUGGGAAACUGGGCACGUUCAACCUGUCAUGAUGGGUUCAAGCCCCAGCGACAGUUCGAAUUCUUUUUUUUCCCGAGCAUAUGAUUGGGAAAUAUCCAAUAGUUUUCAACCAAAACAAGAGGAAUUCAAAGUGGCUGCUAAUGUAUAUGGUUCACCACUUAGUGCAAUGGAAUACAGAUCAUUUUUUGAGAACCAAAGCAUGAAACCAGAAGCAGAUUAUAUUUUGGAUAAGCUGCAUUCAAAUGGGUGGAGGGAUUUUGAUAGAAGCUUGUUCUGGUUAGCUGUAAUUGGUGGCAGUUUGGUACUGCUGCAUGUUUUUCUCUAUUUCAUUCUGAAGUGCAAGAGGAGAGAUUUUGAAAAGCAGGGGAGUUAUGGAGCACUAAUAUUUCCUAGAUUUGAGAUAUUUCUAGGAAUUCUUGCACUUCCUUGUAUCUGCCAGGCUUCCGCUGCUCUAGUUGGAGGAGGAACGCCUUCAGGAGUUGUAGUUGGGAUUCUGCUGCUGGGUGUUGUGGCUUUCGUACUGCUGUCACUGCUAUUGUUCCUGUCUGUCGGAAUCACACUUGGAAAGCUGCUUCAAUACAAGGAAGUCCAUCGAGAAGGCCAGCAGUUUCACUGGUAUCAAGAUAUCAUCAGAGUGACUCUUGGUCCUGGUAAACGAGGCCAGUGGACUUGGAAAAAGGAAGCCAACUCCGUCCACCUAACCAUGUUAGGCCCUCUGUUCGAAGAUUUGAGAGGUCCUCCAAAAUACAUGGUCUCGCAGAUAUCUGGUAGCAAUCCUAGCAGACAGGGUGACCGUAUCAUUGCUUCUGAUGAUGAAACUGAAGAUGCUGAAGCACCUUUCAUUCAGAAGUUGUUUGGGAUACUCAGAAUAUACUACACACUGCUAGAAUCUGUGAAACGAGUUUCUCUGGGAGUUUUGGCCGGUGCCUACUUGAAUAACUGGUCAUCUAAAACUCCAGUAGUUAUCUUGUUAUGCAUUACCUCUUUUCAGCUCUUCUUCCUUGUUCUUAAGAAGCCUUUCAUUAAGAAAAAGGUACAGUUGGUUGAAAUCAUCUCUCUUUCCUGUGAAGUGGGUAUGUUUGCAACUUGUUUUGUUCUCUUGGACAAGGAAUUUUCAGCUGGGGGUGAGACUAAAAUUGGAAUCUUCAUGCUUAUGUUAUUCCUAUUUGGAUUCUUGGCACAAAUGAUUGCUGAAUGGUAUGCUUUGUAUGAACAAACAAAGCAACUAGACACUGCUGGGAACACUUUCCUGACGGGUUUGAAAAUAGCUUCAAUUGGAUUUCUCCUGUAUUUCAUCCCUCAGAAAUUGAUGAAAAGCUUUGAAAGUAAAUUCCCAGUAUUUCAAAGUGGGGGUGAAGUCACAGCGGAUACAGGUGUUCCUUCUGACAGGAUGAGGAGUACUUCUGGGAGCAGGAGCUCUGGCACACCAGAGAAACCAUGGCCAAAACAACUAAGGGAAAUGGCAAAGGCUAGCUUUAGUAAAGAUGGAAGCAAAGUUCCAACUGAUCCUUCAAGCAGUGGAACCAAAUGGAGUGGGUUCUGGGGGACAAAAAGGAGUGGGAGCUCUUCUGUAAGUUCCUCUUCGGAUAUGAAGUCAAAGUCGAAAGGGUUGUACAAAGACUUAGAAGCCAUUUUUGCAUCCAAAUGAUGCCUAUACAUCCCCAAAAACAGGAAGAAAACUUGAGUUUUAUUCAGAGUUUGUCUAACCUUCCAGCAGAGGAAUGGAGAGCUGAGACAGCUACCUCUUGAAACUAUGCAAUUGGUAAUUCAAAAUUGGGAAAAUGUUCCGAAUCAUAGCUUUAUAGGAAUACUAUCAUGGCUUCCUGUGGCUUCUGCGCAGACACAAAACCCCAUUGUUUAGUUUUACCAUUUAUGGAUAUUGACGUUCCAGUAAUAUAAUUCUUUCUAAUGCUUUG